AUGGCGACCGCCUGCCGGCAGAGGAAAGUGACAGUGGUGAGUCGGACACAGGGGGACCGGCCUCUUGUGGCCCAGGCGGCGGGAUGGGGAGGACAGGAGGGAAGGGCUGGCUCCCCACGGCUGCUCCUGCCAGGCCAGGAGGCAGGCAGCCACCCGUGGGCCUCUCUCCCAGCUCAUGUGCCGGCUCCCAGGCCUGAGGGGCGGGUUUGUGCCUCUCCCGCUGUUGACCAGCCUGGGCAGGGGCAGAACGGCCCUGCCCGACCCCGCGCCCACCUGCAGCUCUCUCCCCAGGCGCUCCACCAGCUGUACUACGACCCGAGCAUCGAGAACAAGAACCUGGCACAGAAAUGGCUGAUGCAGGCCCAGGUCUCGCCCCAGGCUUGGCACUUCAGCUGGCUUCUGCUCAACAUGGACAAGGUGCCCGAGAUCCAGUACUCGGUGCCAGCGCCCUCCACAUUAAGAUCUCGCGCUACUGGAACGACAUCGGCCGACCAGUACGAGAGCCUCAAGUCGCAGCUGUUCGCCCAGAUCGCCCGCUUCGCUGGCGGCUCCAAGAUCGUGCUCACGCGGCUGUGCGUGGCGCUGGCCUCUCUGGCGCUCAGCAUGAUGCCCGAGGCCUGGCCCUGUGCCGUGGCCGACAUGGUACGCAUGUUCCAGGCAGAGGACGCCAACGUGGACGGGCGGGCGCGUUGCCUGGCGCUCCUGGAGCUGCUGACAGUGCUGCCCGAGGAGUUCCAGACCAGCCGCCUGCCCCAGUACCGCAAGGGGCAGGUGCGCAGCGUCCUGGCGCAGGAGUGCGGCUCCGUCUUCCCCUUGCUGGGACAGCUGCUGCAGCAGCAGGACUCCCCCGGCUUCAUCAAGCAGAAGGUGCUCAAGUGCUUCUCUAGCUGGGUGCAGCUGGAGAUCCCCCUCAUGGACUGUGAGAGCCUCAUCCAGGCGGCCUUUGCCUCCCUGCAGGACCCUGAGCUCUUCGACACGGCCGUGGAGGCCAUUGUCAACGCCAUCUCCCAGCCUGACGCCCAGAGGUACGUGAACACCCUGCUGAAACUCAUCCCCCUGGUGCUGGGGCUGCAGGAGCAGCUGCGCCAGGCCGUGCAGAGCGGGGACAUGGAGACGUCGCACGGGAUCUGCCGCAUCGCCGUGGCCCUGGGUGAAAACCAUUCCCGGGCGCUGCUGGACCAGGUGGAGCACUGGCAGAGCUUCCUGGCUCUGGUCAACAUGAUCAUGUUCUGCACCGGCAUCCCCGGGCACUACCCGGUCAACGAGACCACCAGCUCCCUGACGCUCACCUUCUGGUACACGCUGCAGGAUGACAUCCUGUCCUUUGAGCCGGACAAGCAGGCGGUGUACCAGCAGGUGUACCGGCCCGUGUACUUCCAGCUGGUGGACGUGCUGCUGCACAAGGCUCAGUUCCCCUCAGAUGAAGAAUAUGGGUUCUGGUCCUCGGACGAGAAGGAGCAGUUCCGGAUAUACAGGGUGGACAUCUCUGACACCCUGAUGUACGUCUACGAGAUGCUGGGCGCGGAGCUGCUGAGCAGCCUCUACGACAAGCUGGGCCGCCUGCUGACCAGCACGGAGCAGCCAUCCUCCUGGCAGCACACGGAAGCCCUGCUCUACGGCUUCCAGUCCAUCGCCGAGACCAUCGACGUCAACUACUCGGACGUGGUGCCCGGGCUCAUCGGCCUCAUCCCCCGCAUCAGCAUCAGCAACGUGCAGCUGGCUGACACGGUCAUGUUCACGAUCGGGGCCUUGUCCGAGUGGCUGGCUGACCAUCCCGUCAUGAUCAACAAUGUGCUGCCGCUGGUGCUGCAGGCACUGGGCAACCCCGAGCUCUCCAUCUCCAGCGUCUCCACCCUGAAGAAGAUCUGCCGGGAGUGCAAGUACGACCUGCCCCCCUAUGCCGCCAACAUCGUCGCCGUGUCCCAGGAGGUGUUAAUGAAGCAGAUCCACAAGACGAGCCAGUGCAUGUGGCUGAUGCAGGCGCUCGGCUUCCUGCUCUCAGCGCUGCAGGUGGAGGAGAUCCUCAAGAACCUGCACUCCCUGAUCAGCCCCUACAUCCAGCAGCUGGAGAAGCUGGCCGACGAGACUCCCAACCCCUCCAACAAGUUGGCUAUCAUCCACAUCCUGGGCCUGCUGUCCAGCCUCUUCACUACCCUGGAUAUCAGCCACCAUGAUGACGACCACGAGACUGCCGAGGUCAAGAAGCUGCCCCUGCAGCAGGGGCCCAACCCGGUGGUGGUGGUCCUGCAGCAAGUCUUCCAGCUCAUCCAGAAGGUGCUUAGCAAGUGGCUGAACGAUGCCCAGGUGGUGGAGUCUGUCUGCGCCAUCUUCGAGAAGUCCGUGAAGACCUUGCUCGACGACUUCGCCCCCAUGGUCCCGCAGCUGUGCGAGAUGCUGGGCCAGAUGUACGGCACCAUCCCCCAGGCCUCUGCCAUCGACCUCACACGGCAGCUGGUUCACAUCUUUGCCAACGAGCCCGCCCACUUCCCCCCCAUCAAGGCUGUCUUCCUGCUGGUCACCUCGGUCACACUCACCCUCUUCCAGCAAGGGCCCAGGGAUCAUCCUGAUAUUGUUGAUUCAUUUAUGCAACUCCUGGCACAGGCGCUCAAGCGGAAGCCCGACCUCUUCCUGUGUAGCAACCUGGACGUCAAGGCUGUGUUCCAGUGCGGCGUCCUCUCGCUCAAGUUCCCCGAGGCCCCAACGGUCAGAGCCUCCUGCGGGUUUUUUACGGAGCUGCUGCCGCGCUGCGGCGAGAUCCCCCCCGUGGGGCAGGUGGUGCACGACGAGGGCAAGGUGCUGCUUCAGGCCGUGUUGGAGGGCAUCGGCGGCCAAGCCUCGCGCAGCCUCAUGGACCACUUCGCCGAGAUCCUCUUUGCCCUGAACAAGCACUGCUUCAGCCACCUGAGCCUCUGGAUCAAGGAGGCCCUGCAGCCCGACGGCUUCCCCUCUGCCCGCGUCAGCCCCGAGCAGAAGGACACCUUCAGCCAGCAGAUCCUCAGAGAGCGUGUGAACAAGCGGCGGGUGAAGGAGAUGGUGAAGGAGUUCACGCUGCUGUGCCGGGGGCUGCACGGCACCGAGUACACGGCGGACUACUGAGCCCCGGCCGGCUCGGCCCCCACCCCCCGCCCCCCCCCCCCCCCCGCC